AUGGUCCCGAGUAAUCUCAUACUGCUCGAUACUAUGCCAACUACUGCCACAGGCAAAUUGGACCGUCGGAAGCUGCAAGAACUGUCUUUCGAGGAGCAAAAACGGGAACAAGAUGAGUUUGCAAGUCUGAGUGAAAUGGAGAAAACGCUUCAAAACUAUUUCGAGCAGUUCGUUGGCCUGGAAAUUCCAAAAAAAGUGGACAUUUUCGACAAUGGUGUCGAUUCAGUAAUAGUCAUGCUGGUAGCGCAGAAGUUGAGGAAAAUUGGAGUUUUGGUGGCGCUGAAAAUAUUUUUCAGGUUUAGAACAAUUGAAAAAAUUUGUCAAAAUUUCAACAAGGAGAAUAAAGCGAUCAAAAUUGAAGAGAACAAGGGAAGUCAUGACCGAAUAAAUCUCAACCACAUUCAACAGAGGAUGUUAUUUCUUAUGAAGAUGGGCGAGCCGGUUCAUCUUGCGUUCAGAAUCUGGAUAAAAGGCGAACUCAAUCGCCGUCAGCUUCUUAAAGCUUGCAACUUUGUUAUUCUGAACAAUACGCUACUGAGAAGCUUUGUACAACGCAUCCAAGAAAGUUACUUCUUCCAACCUUUGUCAGCCACGGAAUGUUAUAUUUCGCUCGAAUCUCCUACAGUCCAAGAAGAUCAUCUUGUUCAAAUAUCCCUCGCUAAACUGGACAUCGGGACCUGGAGGCUGGACUUCAAACUGAAUCAUUUGAUUUGUGACGCCAGGUCGCUAACAGUGAUGACUGAUCAAAUCAUCAAAUCUUAUUUCGGUGAUAAGGUCAGCUUUGAGAAUUCUUUCUUGCAACCGUCUACAAGCACAAAAAUAUUGGAAAAAAUAACUUACAAACCUCUUUUUGCCGAUUCCGAUCUCGGCGUGACAAAAAUCUUCAGGGAAAGCUUGGUUUUUGAUGAGAAAGCCGCGGCGAAACUCCACAAAUGCUCGAUUUUCGAUCUUUUUGCCCACUCUUUUGCCAAAUCGCUCUGCCAAACUUUUAAGCUGGAAGAUUUGAUGUUCGGAGUGACAUUUUCAAACAGAAACGAACAUAAUUGGAACACCAUCUCAAUGCUGGCCAAUACACUCCCGAUAUCUGUCAGCUAUCAAAAACUGAGUGUGGAAUUUGUUGCCGAACUCGUGAGAAAAAGAGCUGAAAUGUCAAACAUUCCUCUGACGGCGCUGAUUCGAAACGGAAAAUCUUUUGAUUUCGUUAUCAAUUAUCAUCAUUCUGCUGCUCCGAAGAACUGGAAAGUAGGGAGCUUCGAACUGCAAACUGAAGAUAUUUUUCAGGAAACUCCCCAAUUUCCACUUUCUCUUACCAUCUUUAGGUCGUCUGAGGACAACUUUGAACUUUUGUUCGAAUAUUCAGAUGCCUUAAUUUUGGAACAGGAAGUUUUAAACGUUUUCGACAUUCUCAAAAAAAACCUGACUCAAUCCGAAGUGAUGGAUACAAUCAUCGAGAUCUUUUCAAAAACUUUGAAGUGUCCAGUCGACCGAAAUUCUAACUUUUUCGACCUUGGAGGACAUUCUUUGUUGGCUAUGACCGCUGUAGACCAGCUUUGUGACAAUCUCAAAGUGAUCAUUCCAUUGAAGUUGAUUUUCGACAACCCGAAAGUUCAAGAUUUGGCAGAGGAGAUUGAUCGGAUAAUUGAAAUAAAUAAAAAGGUAUGUAAUUUUAAGGCUCAAAUGGUAAACGAAGUUGAAGAUCAAAUCAAAAAAACAGAUGAAAACCAAGAAAAUACCAAGCAACCGAAAAGAGAAGUAGAACCAAAAGAAAAGAAGAAAAUGGAAAGCAAUGGAAAAUCAUUCAAUACGCGACAUGGAGGAACUCUAGAGAAGGAAAAGUUGAAGCGAGAAGUCAAUAAAGACAUUCAUGCUGGAUCUAUUCAGAAUCUUCAAGAAGAACCUGCGAAACCAGACGAAGCAGCUCCAUUCAGAACAAAUUUUCCUCUGUCCAGCCAACAACUUCAGAUGUUCUACCUCUCUGAGCUUGACCUGGGAACCGAAUACCAACUUCCCUUCAUCCAAGUCUUCCCAAAAUCUGUUGAUAUUUCUUCAAUUCACCGCGCCCUGCUCUCAACCAUGCAAGAACAAGCCGUUUUUCGGACUUCCUUUCAUUUUGAUUCCAAUCUCGGCACUCCCAUCCAAAUUAUAAAUUCAAUCACCAGAUCUUACAUCGCUCUCCAGCCAAUCGAAGUUGAGAAAGAAAACGAAGUCAAUGAGAAAAUAAGAGAAUUAUGUCAUCAGAAAAUCUCUUUAAGCGGAGAAGUUCCUCCGGUUAGAGCGAAUAUUUUGAUCACCAGUUCUAGAGUUAUUGCCUUCCUCCAUUUGCAUCACAUAAUCAGCGACGCAAGAUCGACUCAGCUCACCAAUCAGAGCAUCGCUAAAUUCAUGUCGUCAGACCAAUCUCCUAGGAGACUUCAGAAUUCCUACGUCGAUUAUUGCAUUGAAAGCAAGGAGAUCAAGAUUGAAGAUGGUUAUUUAGAGAAAGUCGCUACGAAUUCUCAGAGAAAUGCGUGGGAAUCCUGUACUCCUCAGGUCCGAAAACUGGACAUUUCUAAAGAACAAGUUCACAAGUCCAACUGCUCUCCAUUCACCGUCUUCCUAAAAGCCAUUUCGAAAGCCAUGAGCUCCUACUCGAAAUCUGGAAGUAUAAAUAUUGCUUUCCCUUUUGCUAACAGAAAUCAAUCAACUGAUCAGAUCUGCGGGUACUUUCUUAACAAUCUGGUGGUCUCAAUUGAUACCGACGAUGACCUACAAAUGAUUGCCAGUAAAGUGAAUGACGUGAUAACUUUCAAUUAUUCGUUUGCCGGGCUGCAGAAGUCUUGUCGAAGGAUUUCGAAAGAUGAAACUCUUCGAAUUUCCGACGUCUACGUCAAUUGCCGCUACGACUUGGAGUACGACGAGACGGACGAUGAGAACUUGUUGAGUUUGGUUCCCUUGAAAUGUCACUUUGCGGUCGAGUUUGACAUCGAUUCUCACCCUGGCUUUUACAGAAUAAGCUUGAGAUCAGCUUCUUUAACUUCUGGGGAGAUCUCAAAAAUUCUAGCAAAUACUGGGAAAGCUUUGAGAAUUUCAAGGAAAACAAAAAAAGUAAGAUUCUCAAUAUCUUCUAUGGAAAGUUCAGUUGACGGAGGGCAGCGGGAUUUUCCUGAAAAAUCACUGACAGCGCUUCUCAAAAUGUUUCUCAAGAAAGGUGAUCAGAAAGUAUUCAUUGAUAAUUUGUUUGGAACUUGUCUUACUUACGGAGAUUCUACAAAGAAAAUCUUUCAAAUGACCUCGGCUAUCCGGAAAAAUUCCUUCAGAAUACGAGGCCGUUUUCUGAGGUCGGAUGAUGUCAUUGCCGUUGUUGGGAAAAAGUCGCCGAGAACAAUUUUGAGAUGUCUUUCGGUUGUUUUUGCUGGUGGCGCUUAUGCUCCGUUCGAUGAGAAGAAUCUGAACAGGAAAGUAUUAACAAGGCUGGAAAGUUUCUUUGCUUGUUUUACCGACAAGCCUAUAGAAGGUCUUUCUCACUCUUUUUCUGUUGAUGAACGACUCUCGGAAAAUUCUGAUGUUUUCUUUCAGAACCUGCCUAAUAACCUGGCCUACGUCGUUUCAACUUCUGGAACAACUGGAGAGCCCAAAGGCGUCUGUAUCGAGCAUCGGUCUGUCGCCAACCUCUGCUUCACUUCGACUCAAGACUUUUCCGUGAAAAGUUCUGAUGUUAUUUAUCAGUUCACAAACUUUAUCUUCGAUAACAGCGUUCUGGAAAUUAUGAUGACCGUUAGCAAUGGAGCGAAGAUGAUAGUCGAGGAAGAGCCUUUCGAUCCGAACAUAUUUUCCGAACUAAUAACUCGGAAGAAAAUAUCUCACUGUUUGUUGUUUCCCAGUUUGGUGAGCACCUUUAAUGAUGAGCAGUUGAGAAGUCUGGCCAAGCUCCGAUACUGGAUAGUUGGAGGAGAAGUUCUUCCUCAGAAGCUUCUCGAUAAAGCUUUAUCCGUGGGGGUCAGUGUUAUCCAAAACUAUGGACCGACGGAAACAACGGCCUAUGCCGUUUCGAGAAGAAUGAGGAGGGGAGAUGCCUCGCGGACGAUCGGAAAGGCUGUUCCAAACACAUUUGCCGUGAUUGGAGAAAAUUCAGAACUUUGGAUCGGAGGUGUUGGAAGAAUGAGAGGGUAUUUAAAUGGCAAAAACAGCUUUUGUCGACAAAAAGGCAGAGUUUUCUACAAAACUGGAGAUCUUUGCUCGACUUCCGAGGCUGGUGACAUCGUAUUCCAAGGAAGGACGGAUUCGCAAGUUAUUUUUUUUCGAACUUUAAUGGAUAACAUUUUUUUUUGCAGAUCAAGAUUCGCGGAUUUCGAGUUGAGCUUGGAGAGAUUGAAAGCUGCAUUGAAGAACUGGAAAACGUUCAGAAGUGUGUCGCCAUAUUCGAUAAGGAAUUUCAGCAAGUUUUUGCUUUUGUCGUCCCGAAGCAAGCUGAUUUAGAGACAAUCAAAGUUUAUUGCGAAGAGAAUUUAGAGACGCACAAAAGACCGUCAAAAAUAAUCUCUUUGGAAGCUUUUCCUGUUACGUCAAACUCAAAAAUUGACAAGGAGAAGCUACUGAAAAGAACUUUUGAAGUGUCUGUUCCGACCCCAGAAGGAGAAGACGUUGAGCAGAAACUCCGGAGGAUCUGGGAAGAAGUCUUGGGAACGUCGGACUUCACUUCAACUGAUCACUUUUAUCUCAUCGGUGGCCAUUCUCUGCUUCUAAUGAAGCUCCGUCACUCAAUUUCAUCAAAGUUCGACCUGAAUCCCCCGAUUUCUGAGCUUUUGCCAAUGCUUAAAUUUUGCGACAUGGUCAAUUACCUUACGUCAUCGAAAAAAUCUAUGACGUAUUUUGAAACCCACGAAAAGACGUCUAGUUCAAUUUUUGUUUUCUUCCCUGCACUUUAUGGUGGCUGCACAGCUUACUCAUUUUUAGUUGAAUGUCUUCGAAAAGAUGCUGGAACUUUGAUUCUUCUUGAAGAGGAGUUUGGAAACAGCCUCGAAGAUCUAGGGACGCAAUACAGGAAUCAAAUAAACAGAAAAGUGAAUCAAAAAGAAGAAAGAGAGGUAAUAUUCAUCGGCGCUUCUGCUGCUGGGACCAUGGCUUUUGAAACUGCGAAGCAUUUCCGAAGAAUUCGAUUAGUUAUGAUUGACGCCGGAACUUUUUACAAAGAGAUUGGCAAACUCUCGUAUCACCAGCAUUACGAGGUUCGUUUGGUUGUUUCGGCCCAAAAAACACAAAAAUUCCUCCAAAAAACUUUUUUGGUUUUUUUUUCUUCAAAAGGAACUUUUUCAGUUAGAUUCCAUGCUGAGAAAGCAUUCAAUCUUCCAAAAAUUGCGGUUUCCAGGAUCUUAGGAAAAAUCUCCAACUCUACGAAGUCGACGCAACGAGCAUCGAAGAGAUGGCGGAGAGCUCCUGGAAGUUGCUCCAAAUGCUGAGGACUUAUGUCCCGAAGAAUUCUCCUCACCGGAUCUCCGUUUUUUCGAUUGAUGGGUCGGACCUUGGAUGGAAAAAGUUGGAUUUAUCUAAAAAAUAAUUUUCUGUAGUUGAAAAUAUUAUUCAGAUACUGUGAAGAAGUCAAUGUUGAGAAAAUCGGAGGCGAUCAUCUGACAAUGAUGGGGAGAGAUCACGCGGCUGGACUCGCGGAGAAAAUCAGGAAAUUUUUCUUGAUAAAAUGA